AUGGCUUCAACAUCAACAAACGUGGCAUCAACAUCAGCCAAGAAGGUCAUUCUCAAGAGUUCUGACGGUGAGAUUUUUGAAAUCGACCAGAAAGUUGCGAUGGAAUUACAAACCAUCACGCAUAUGAUUGAGGAUGAUUGCGCGGAUGACACCGGAAUCCCUCUCCCAAAUGUAACCAGUAAGAUUUUGGCGAAGGUCAUUGAGUAUUGCAAGAAACACGUUGAAGCAGCAGCGUAUUCUGAUGAAAGGCCUGCUGACAGGCCUGCUGACGAGAAUACUAUCAAGACCUGGGAUGCAGAAUUUGUCGAGGUUGAUCAGGAUACCCUCUUUGAUCUCAUAUUGGCGGCAAACUACUUAGACAUCAAGAGUCUGUUGGAUCUUACAUGCAAGACUGUUGCGACCAUGAUCGAUGGUAAGACACCGGAGCAGAUUCGCAGCACUUUCAACAUUAAGAAUGACUACACUAAGGAGGAAGAGGAGGAAGUUCGUCGCGAGAAUAAAUGGGCCUUUGACUGA